AUGGAAAACACUGGUAUGUUCGUGAAAAGACCAUCUGCUGGUGAAACCGAAGACGACAUUCUGGCUAUGCAAGCUGAAUGGGAGGCUAGCCGAACUCGAUCUAACAAGGCAUCUGUGCAGAUUCACCGGGUCAAGAAGGGCCCACCAGCUCAAAAGCCUUCGCCAAAGAAAUCGCCAGUAGCAAGUUCAACCUCUUCCAGAGCUUUUCGAGAAGGAGGUUUGUGGAGGGUAAUUGCUCUCGAAGCAUGUCGCUUUGUAAUUGAUCUUGAAAAGAUAACAGAAGAGUGGUCAAAUCGCGUGUUAUUCGAUGUUGAGGAACGGAAUUCUGAUUGGCUGAAAUCGGAUCACCGCGAUGAACUUGCGCGACAAAAACUCGAAAAGUUACAGUAUUCUGCAGAUGACGGCUUCCCGGAAGAACGACGCUGUGGGAGAAAUCGUUCUGCAGGAACCAAAACCGCUUUGAUUUGCGCUGAAUGCUCGAUCGACUACGAACUUACUUCGAUACCGGAUGAACCAGUGCCUAGCGAAGACGAUAAUUUCGAGCUGGAAAAUGACAAAUAUCUGGCUAGUCUUGAUGAAGGGAAGAUCAAUGAACUCAAGAUGGAAAUCGCUGAGAAAAUAGACAAAAAUACCAUCGCGUUCUUAAAAGAUCGACACAAGAAGAAGUCGAAGGCAGCAGACUCGAAGCCAAGAGUGUCCAAGUUCAAAGCAUCUCGUGCAACUGCAGUUCCUUUGAAACCACCGUUUGCGGAGGAAUUGAAGGAAUCGCAACCAGAAGCCCCACCACCACCCCCUGUUGUGCAGGAUAUGCUUGACCAGCUUGAGGUUUUGGAAGAGUUUGCCGAUCGAAGCGAUCAAGAAAAAUACAAUAGGCUUGCGACUGAUGCCUUCCAACUAGACUUUACUACGAAAUGCUUGCGUAGUGUUGCUCCUCGUCAACAAAAGAAUGCCGUGAAAUUAUUUGACAGUUGCAAAAUAGCUACAACAAGCCGUGCAGACCCUCUCCUGGAACUUGCGCGAUCACGAAUCGACAACAUCAAGGAGCUUUAUCUCGAAGAAGUGAAGUCUGGUGAACAGACGUUUUUCCAAUUCGCGAAUGGAGUUAACCCCUUGGUCGACGGCUCGUGGACAUUAGUUCCUGUACGUCGAGUUCUGGACGCUAUGACACAGAUAUUGUUCGCCUUGCCCUUAUUAUGGACCCUUCUAUUGCAUGACGAAAGGCUAACAGCUUUUCUGGCGUUUGCAGAGCCUAAUGACGUUUACGUUCGUUUAGCGGAAGUUUUAUUGAUCGGUCCGGAAGUAUUGGCCGAUGAUGUGAUCGCGUCGUGCUAUUCGCGUAUUCUAAGUGGUUAUGUUCAAAAGGCGGCGAUCGAAGGUCGUCUUUGCCUUCGGAUGGAUAGUCGUGUCGCUGGUCUGGAUGCGUUCAUGCCUUUGUGG